UCAUUCUUUAUCUUUUUUUCUCUCUAUUGACCAUAAUUUUUUCACAAAAAGGAAAAAUGGCUAAGAGCUCAUUCAAGCAAGAACAUGAUCUUGAGAAGAGGCGCGCUGAGGCUGCUAGGAUUAGGGAAAAAUACGCAGAUAGGAUUCCGGUGAUAGUUGAAAAGGCUGAAAAAAGCGAUAUUCCUAACAUCGAUAAGAAAAAGUAUCUUGUGCCAGCUGACUUGACAGUUGGGCAAUUUGUCUAUGUCAUUCGUAAAAGAAUCAAAUUGAGUGCAGAAAAGGCAAUAUUCAUAUUUAUUGACAAUGUGCUACCGCCAACAGGGGCAAUCAUGUCUGCAAUCUACGAUGAGAAGAAGGAUGAUGAUGGUUUCCUCUAUGUUACCUACAGUGGAGAAAACACAUUCGGGGGACUGAGCGAACUGUAGCUUUGACAUCCAUUCAUUUGCUUACAUUUCCCCUGUUUAUCGUCCUGUGACACUUCUCCGUCCUGCUAAUAUCUUCCACUGCUUCCAAAAUCUUCAAGAUUAUACCGGUAAAAAUUAUGUAUAGCAUAUAUUUAUGUAUAGUUCAAGAGCACAAGUGUUGCAAUCUUCUGACUUACGAUGCUAAUAAUCAGUCGGAUUUGACCUCCUUAAAGAUUGCGUCUGUGUCCGAAUAAUUUGCGAUUUUAUAAAAGGGCAACACUGAGGUGCCUAAUUUCAUUCUUGAUUGCUUUCCUAUUUCAACAUUCUA